AUGGAAUUCGUCGAACUUUUUGAGGUACAUAAAUACGUAAGGUCAUAUAAAUUUUACAAUCCAAAGUCACGAAGUCGAUCACGUUGGAUCUCUCGUUCGCCGAAAUAUUAUGGAGUAAAAAAAUCUACAAAGAAUCAUUACUAUUCUCAUCCUGCAUAUCCAAGAUAUGCUCCUCUUUACGAAGAAUCUUCAGUCUCGGACAAUCAACCAUACACGAUAAUUAUCCAGCUACCGAAACGUGAAGAAACACGUAGAAAUCAUUAUCAUGAGAAAUAUUAUGAUGGAGAUGAUGCGCAUGAUCAUGAUUACAUUGGAAAUCGACAUUAUAAUGAUCAUGACGAGGAUUUUGCUUCGAGAGCAUUUCAUAUCGGUGAGAAGAAAGUACGAAUUAAAGGUACAGAAGAUGCAGGUUCGAAGGUGCACAUAAAGAUAUCGAGAAUCGACGACGACAAAGGAAUCGUGAUAGCCGAUAAAAAUAAUAUGACCAUAUUAACGACGCCGAUAUUUUUGAACAAGAAAUUAUUACCAACUCGAACUGCAGAGACAAACUGGUUGACUUCCGAGCCACCAUUAUUUUUUCAGAGAUAUGUACAGGGAGUUUGAUCGAAUUAUUUCUACUUCGUGACGUUCAGUUAACAUUAUAUGUCAUACUUAUCCAAUAACAUUGAUGAGUAUGACAGAAACAAUCAUUUCUUUUUUUUUUUUAUCAUCGAACUCAUACGAUCUUUAUAGAGAAGACUGAAUCUUUGUUAACUCGGUAUUUUAGUUAUCGAGAAAGGAAGCUUAAACGAUAAAACAGUACAAAUUUGAUAGAUAUUUAUAUCUAAUAUUCGAAUCGACUGCAGAGUUAGGAAAAACGAGAAUCAGAUAUAGUAUGAAUUUUUAAUGGCAUAUGCUCUCUAUUUUUAUUUCGUAUAAUUUAUGCACUGUUUAUUGUUGGUCAUUUUUUUAAAUAUUAAUUUAUUGCGAAUAUUAUAUAUACCUAAAUGUAUAUUGUAUGAAAUAUGGUACGUAAAAAUUGUAUGAGAGAAUUCAGAAAUCCAGAGAUAUUAACUCCCCACUAUGAAACAUCCUUCACUCGAAGAAACAGAGAAAGAAUUGUGUCGCAAUCGGAGGAAUGGUGUAUCGAAUAUUGGCAACUAAAUAUCCUGGACGACCCAGAUUUAAGGCUGCUCCUUGCCAGGAAAUCCAUCCGCAUUUACCUAGACCUUUCUUAACGACGACGCCACAGCUAGAAAGACAUCACCGAUUCUUCGUCCUUCGGAAACGUCAGAAUACUUCGUUCUUUUCCUUUUUCCUCCAUUUACUCUUGCUGAGUCGAGUGACGAGUCGUAAUGACGACGGUAAAAAAUAGAAAAGAAUAAAAAGAGACAGAGAUACAUAUAAAAGGAAAAAAAAGAGACGAGCGGAUAGAACGAAAAAAAGGAUUCAAGGGUUAUAAUCCUUGAAGCGCCUUUUAUAUCACCAUUCCAGUAUCUCU